AUGGUGGCCCGAGGUGCUACUAAAAUCAUCUCCACUCGCUCGAUAAAGUCUGAAGACUAUUCGAGUCUCUCAUCACUGUUUCUCGCGAUUGCUCAGUCCGUUGCCGUCACCGUCCGAACCUCAAAUGGGCUGGGCAAACAUACCACCGCCUUGGGCGCUGCUCAAAUCUCGGCCUAUUCGAAGGCUACAUACGCUGCCAACAUACUGUACAUAAGUAGCAUGUGCCUUUCCGAGCUCUCAGUAGUCCUGUUCGUUGGGAACAUCACCCCAGUGCGACAAGACAGGCAAUUACUUCUCGGUGCGGGAAGCGUUACGAUCCUUUGGACUGUCACGGCAUUUAUAGUCAGUGCUGCCGAAUGUGGUUCACCAAAGCCAUGGGACUACGUCACUGGCCACUGCAUCAAUCGCGUCAUGUGGUGGAACUGCGUCGAAGUGAUGAACAUCUUGAUCAACGCCGCUCUGAUCGCCCUACCAGUGUGGAUUUUAUCCAAGGUGCAGAUCUCCCUUCUCAAGAAAUCCUCUGUGGGGUUGGCCUUCGCACUGCGGAUUACGGUCUGUAUCGCCUCGAUCGGUAACCUUGUCUACUGGAACAGAGCUCGAGACUCCCACGAUCUGACCUUCGAAAUUUGGCCCGUCGCACUUUGCACGCAAGCGGGCCAAUGCAUGAGCAUAGCGUCCUUCUCUUUUCUCUAUCUCAAGCCCCUCUUCGAGAUCCUUGACACCGGCUUUAUCAGGAGCGAUGAGUUCCGGCGGAUGCGACAGUUAAAUCCAGAAGGCUCAUACAAUCUCUCCACCAUGAGUUCUGGAAACGAGAGGAGAAAAAAGGGCAAAGAACUGGCGAGGCUGGCCCGGACAGAGAAUAAUGACACCACCAUCACCGCUCUUGAGAACGGGUCAGGAUGGGAUGGUGGGAGCCAAGGCAGUGAAGCGCACAUCAUCAAAGAGACUCGGACAUUCACGAUCGAGAGUUCAGCGGCCGGAGAAGAUCGGGGGUUCCCUUAG